AUGUCUGAAUGUCAAAGAAGAAAAACAAAUGUGCAGCAGUGGGUGACUCUGCUGUCAGCAUUUUUAGAGAUCUUGCUCUUCACUGGGUUCCUGCUCUGCUGGGCUUCUCUGGUGUUUGUCUACAAAGUCAAUGGCUACUUUUCUGGACACUGUACAAACAUCACGACAAAAAACCACUCUGUCUACGUCGAUUGUCGUGGUCAGGAUAACGACUUCUCAAAAGUCUUGUUGGUCGCUACCUUUCUCAAUUCUGCAUGCUACUUCCCCAGUGGAUUUGUAUUUGACCACUGUGGAACAAUGGUAACAAGGAUAAUUGCUAUAUCUCUUUACACCUGCGGGACACUGAUUGUCAUUCUGUCGAACAAAGAAACAUCUGUGUUACUGUAUCCUGCAGAAGUGUUUCUUGGUUUGGCCGGAUCAAUGUUCUUCAUGACCAAUAUUCAGGUGGGGAACCUUUUUUACACUCAUCACUCGACCAUCAUCGGCAUAUACGAAGGACUCCAAACCACCUCUGCUGGGAUUUUUGUCAUCAUAAAGUUGCUGCAGGAAGCAGGAGUGUCAGUCCAUUCAUCUUUUAUUUUCCUGUCAGUGUGUUCCAUUAUCCCCAUCAUCCGGACCCUCUUCCUUUUGCCCUCUGGACACAUCCCGUACCCGCUGCCAGAAACAUACACUUAUGGGAUAAGAUGUCCCAUCCAAAGGGGAGGAAGAGAAGAGAGGAGCGAGCAGAAGAACCCUGAAAAUGGCCGUGUACAUAAUAAAAAUAUGGAAAAAGGAAUAAAACUUGUGGCUUUGCCAUGUGAACAGGAUGGUGCACAGACGCAGCAUGAGCCCAAGGAAAAGGAAGUUACUUUCCGGAGUUGUGUAUUCUCUGGUCUCUUCAUGUUCACCCUGAUGUGGUACAGCAUUGUGUACUUCUGCCAGUGGUUGUACUUAUGCACCCUCAAUCCCAUGCUGACCCGACUGGCCAAGGGUGACAAAAAGCUGGUGAGUCACUACACCAACGUGUUCGCUGUCAUCCAGAUGAGCGGAAUUCUGUUUGCGCCUGCAGUCGGUCUCAUCAUGGACAGAAACAAGAACAGGCCUCUGGCUGCAGGAGAGACCAGGCAGGAAUCAGACAUCCGCUCGUCCAUUAUCUGCCUCUUCCUCAGCGCUUUGCAGUGCUUUUUAUUCUGCAUGUGUUUCACCAUCCCUGUCCUCCAUCUGCAGUACCUCACCUUCUUCCUGCAAACCAUCAACAACUGCUUUAUGUUUGUAACAGAGCAAUCAUUUAUCGCUGUUGUCUUUCCAAUGACUCACUAUGGGAAGUUAACUGGUCUCAUCUCACUGGUAACAACUGUACUCCUGCUUCUCCAGUUUCCAAUACUGCACAUCAUUAAUUUCCAGCUCCAUAAUGAUCCUCUCUAUGUGAACGUGGUGAUCACCGCCGUGUCUCUGCUCACGUUUAUUCAACCGAUCUACGUCAGCCUCCACUGUAAGAAGCUGGCCAGUCAGAGAAAGGACAGAUGCUGAACAUGUUUGUGGUUUCUCACUGUUGUAUUUUUACUGCAGGAUUUCAUAUUAAAGUCUAAGAAG